AUGGCGACACUGCACGGUCACCUCGAUAUUGUGCAACGUCUUCUCGACGCUGGCGCGGACGUGAACCUGAGUCUUCAGGUCGGCUUCAAUACUAAAGGCCAAAAAAUCUUGGCGGGUACAACGCCGCUUCUACUGGCCGUCCAAUUUGGCCACAUUGAUGUGACUCGGGCUUUGCUGCGUCAUCAUCCCAACCUCCAAGCCACCGAUGCUGACGGCAACACGGCCCUUGCGAUGGCCACGCAGC